AGGGCGACAUACCAAACCUCAGAGGCGCCGAAGUCAAAGGUUACAGGCAAGAUGGCGGCGAGCAAACGUGUUCUUUAUGUUGGUGGUCUUGCAGAGGAAGUGGAUGAGAAGGUCCUACACGCUGCGUUUAUUCCCUUCGGUGACAUUACAGAUAUUCAGAUCCCGUUAGAUUAUGAGACAGAGAAACACCGAGGCUUUGCUUUUAUCGAGUUCGAGCUGGCAGAGGAUUCAGCAGCUGCUAUUGAUAACAUGAAUGAAUCUGAGCUGUUUGGCAGAACAAUCAGGGUAAACAUCGCCAAACCCAUGAGAAUUAAAGAGGGCUCCUCCCGACCAGUGUGGUCUGAUGAUGACUGGCUGAAGAAGUUCUCAGGGAAGAAAGCAGAGGAGAGUGAAGAGGCCGAGUCAGCUGCAGAAUCAGCAAGUACAGAGACGCAGGAGGGAGAACCUCCAGCAAAAAAAGGCAGAACCAAUCCUCAAGUCUAUAUGGAUAUCAAAAUUGGCAACAAACCUGCAGGCCGACUGCGCUUCCUUCUGCGAGCUGAUGUUGUUCCUAUGACUGCAGAAAAUUUCCGUUGUUUGUGCACACAUGAGAAAGGCUUUGGAUUCAAGGGUAGCAGCUUUCACAGAGUCAUCCCUCAGUUUAUGUGCCAGGGUGGAGAUUUCACCAACCACAAUGGCACCGGGGGGAAAUCCAUAUAUGGACGCAAGUUUGAAGACGAGAACUUUGUCCUGAAGCACACCCAUGCAGGUCAGCUGUCGAUGGCUAAUUCUGGUCCCAAUACUAAUGGAUCACAGUUCUUCAUCACUGUUGAUAAGACAGACUGGCUGGAUGGCAAACAUGUGGUGUUUGGAGAGCUCACAGAGGGCAUGGAUGUGCUCAGGGCCAUGGAGGCUCAGGGAACAAAAGAUGGCAAACCCAAACAGAAGGUCAUCAUCUCCAACUGUGGAGAGUAUGUUUGAGAUCAGCAUUGUGUGUGUGUGUGUGUGUGUGUGUGUGUGUGUGUGUGUGUGUGUGUGUGUGUGUGUGUGUGUGUCUCGGAGAGAAUGUAAAGAAAAGCUGUUGACAUGUUAUUUGUUGUCAUUUGUAAAUAUCCAAAUAAAUCAUUUUUAUACAUA